GCUGCUGCCCUCCGCCCCGCCCCGCCCCUAUUUAGCCCUCCUGCGCCCGCGUGUCAGCUGCAGUCUGGAGGAAUCUGCCCUGCUGCUGCCCCUGCUGCACCUGAGGGAGACUGGAGAGAAGGCAGGGGAGGGGAGGGGAAGGAGGGGGGAGGCAGCCGUAGCAGAGGCGCAUACACACAGACGGACCGCUUCGUCCUCGGCCGCCCCUGUCCGUCCUCGCUCGCUUUGGAGGGAUCUGCUGCUGCGCCUGCGCCGCUUUCAGAGCCUUUCUCAGCGAGCUGGCUCUGCUCUGAUGGGGUGGUGCUGGCGGCGGCGGAAAAGCUUCUGGUGGUGGGGGUUAAAGGUGGGGGGGCUGCCUAAUUCUGGUGGGAUUAUUCGAUUUGCGCUGCUGUGCCGGGAGGUGCGGUGAGUGGAGGAGGGGAUGAUUACGUUCGUGGACUCGGCGGCGGGGGAGCGGGAGAGGGGGGACGGGCCGCGCUGCCUGGACCCGCAGCUGUGGCACGCCUGCGCCGGCGGCAUGGUGCAGAUGCCGCCGCCCGGCUCCAGGGUCUACUACUUCCCGCAGGGCCACGCGGAGCACGCGCAGGGCCAGGCCGCCGUCGACUUCCCGCCCGGGGCCCGGCUGCAGGCGCUCGUCCUCUGCCGCGUCGCCGCCGUCCGCUUCAUGGCCGAUCCGGACACCGACGAGGUCUUCGCCAAGAUCCGCCUCGUCCCCGCCCGGCCCCAGGACGCCGACGCCAACGACGCCAUUGCCGCCGCCGCCGCGCAGGAGGACAAGCCCGCCUCCUUCGCCAAGACGCUCACGCAGUCCGACGCCAACAACGGCGGCGGCUUCUCCGUGCCGCGCUACUGCGCCGAGACCAUCUUCCCGCGGCUCGACUACUCCGCCGACCCGCCCGUCCAGACCGUGCUCGCCAAGGACGUGCACGGCGUCGUCUGGAAGUUCCGCCACAUCUACCGCGGCACGCCCCGCCGCCACCUCCUCACCACGGGCUGGAGCUCCUUCGUCAACCAGAAGAAGCUCGUCGCCGGGGACUCCAUCGUCUUCAUGAGGACCGAGAACGGGGAUCUCUGCGUCGGCAUCCGCCGCGCCAAGAAAGGGGGCAUCGGCGGCCCGGAGCUGCUGCCCCCGCCCUCGCCGGCGGCGGGCGGCAACUACGGGGGAUUCUCCAUGUUCCUAAGGGGGGAGGAGGACGGCGGCAACAACAAGAUGAUGGGGGCGAGGGGGAAGGCCAGGGUCAGGGUGCGGCCGGAGGAGGUCGCCGAGGCGGCCAAUCUUGCCGCCAGCGGUCAGCCGUUCGACGUGCUCUACUACCCGAGGGCGAGCACGCCGGAGUUCUGCGUGAGGGCAGCCGCGGUCAGGGCGGCGAUGCGCACCCAGUGGUGCCCCGGCAUGAGGUUCAAGAUGGCCUUCGAGACGGAGGACUCGUCCAGGAUCAGCUGGUUCAUGGGGACUGUGUCGGCCGUGCAGGUGGCCGACCCCAUUAGAUGGCCCAAUUCACCUUGGAGACUUCUUCAGGUGACCUGGGAUGAACCGGACCUGCUGCAGAAUGUGAAGAGGGUGAGCCCAUGGCUGGUUGAGCUGGUCUCAAACAUGCCGGCCAUUCACCUUGCUCCGUUCUCGCCUCCUCGGAAGAAGCUCUGCGUCCCGUUCUACCCCGACCUCCCGGUCGACGGCCAGUUUCCGGCCCCGAUGUUCCACGGAAACCCACUCGGACGCGGCGGUGUCGGUCCGAUGUGCUAUUUCCCGGACGGCACUCCUGCAGGCAUACAGGGAGCCAGGCAUGCUCAAUUUGGUAUAUCUUUAUCAGAUCUCCACCUUAACAAACUGCAGUCGAGUCUAUCACCGCACGGGCUUCACCAGGUCGAUCACGGCGGGCAGCCGAGGAUCGCCGCUGGGCUCAUCAUUGGUCACCCGGCUGCGCGAGACGACAUCUCGUGCAUGCUCACCAUUGGCAAUCACCAGAGCAACAACAACAAGUCAGAUGUCAAGAAGGCUUCGCCCCAGCUGAUGCUCUUUGGGAAACCCAUACUCACUGAGCAGCAGAUCACUUUAGGUAACUCUGGGGGUUUCUGUCCAUCUGCUGCUAGGAAGAGCCCCUCUGAUAUGAGCGCCGAGAAGUCGGCGAAUAACUCUGAUCUUCCAAGCCCACAAAGCAACCAGAAUGGCACUACGAAGAACCUGUCCUGCGGAGGAGUUCCAUUGUGCCAGGACAACAAGGUACUCGAUCUCGGGCUGGAUAUCGGGCACUGCAAGAUAUUCAUGCAAUCAGAGGACGUCGGGCGCACGCUUGAUCUCUCUGCUGUUGGCUCGUACGAAGAGUUAUAUCGCCGGCUUUCCGACAUGUUCGGUAUGGAAAAAGCAGAGCUGAUGAGCCAUGUUUUCUACCGUGAUGCAGCCGGGGCGCUCAAACACACUGGAGAUGAGCCUUUCAGUGACUUCACGAAGACGGCGCGUAGGCUGACCAUACUAACGGACACGAGCGGCGACAGCAGCGUAGUGAGCUAGGAGGAAUGAGGAAGGAAGCUCUUUCGCCACUUGUACGUACAGCUGGGUUGACGGCGGCGCGGCGCAGCACGGUGGCGAUUCUCAGAGAGCAUAGAUAGCGUGGCGGCGGCAAAUUCCGCAGCCUGGAUGCAAGUCAAGAAGCACCACCGGUGCAGGCAGCUUCAGUUUUUCUCCGAUUAUUAGAGAGCUCCCAGAAUGGGACUGGUGAUUGUUUGUGUGGUGAUCCAUGAACAGUUUUCUGUUUUUUUUUUUCGUUGUGUUGGCUACCACCCAUUAUGAUGAUGUUAGCAGUAACUCUGGCUCAGAAUCCAUGGCGGUUCCUUGCUGCAAGUCCUGGGAGGAAUGAAUGUCUGAAUCUUUUCUUGUUCUGUGAUGAAAA